AUGCUGGCGGGUCGUCCGUUCGCGCCGGUCCUGCUCGACAUGAUCGAAUCGCUCCGGCCCCACGUCAAGGUGGCGGUAAUCGUCAACACCAAAGACGAAGAGCAAAUCAUCCGCGAAGCGCUGCUCCAGCGGCAAGCGUCAUCCUCCUCCUCCUCCUCUUCCUCAUCGAAUGGCGAAAACGAUCUCGCGUUUCAUCUCAACGUCGAUGCGAGCCAGCCUCUCAAGGUGGUCGACUUUCGCUGGAGCGUGUGGGGCUACGCCGACGGCCUGCGGCCCAUCAUGCCGCCCGACGAGUUCGCCGAGAUGAUCGACUCGGACGGCGGCGUGGCCCGGCGGGUGGCCGGCGCGCUGUCGCUGGCGACCGUCGACGCCACCGACUUUGUGUCGGAGGGCGGCGAUCGUGAGUUCAACGGCCGCGGCACGCUGAUGGUCACCGAGGCCGUGCAGCUGCAGCGCAACCCGCACCUGACCCGGGACCAGCUCACCGACCGGUUCAAGAGCGUGUUCAACGUGCACAAGGUCAUCUGGCUCAAGCAGGGCGUGGCCGAAGACGACCAGAUCUUCAACGGGCCUCUGCCCGGCGGCGUCUUCACCAUGCCCUGCACCGGCGGCCACAUCGAUGAGUACGCCCGGUUUGUGAGCCCGACGACGAUUCUUUUGGCUGAGGUGCGGGAGGAGGAUCGCGACCAUCCGAUCGGCCGGAUCAGCCACGAGCGCCUGGAGGAGAACUACCGCAUCCUGGCCGGCGAGACCGACCAGGACGGCAACCCGUUCACCAUCAUCCGCAUCCCGCUGCCGCCCAUCGACAUCGUCACGGUCAAGCCCACCGACCGCCUCUACACCGAGUACGGCGCCAUCACCUUCCGCGACGGCCGCACCUUCGAGCAGAUCGUGGCCGAGCGCCGGCGUGAGCGCGGCCUCGACGAUGCGGCGCCGGUGGAAGUCGAAGCCGUGGUGCCCGGUAGCUACUGCAAUUUCCUGAUCUCCAACGGCGUGGUGCUGAUGCCGCGGUACCACGGCGAGGGCCGGCCGGCGGCGGUCAAGCGGACCGACGACGCCGCGCGGGAGAUCAUGCAGGCGGCCUUCCCGGCCCACAAGAUCGUGCAGAUCGACUGCGAGAACGUCAACUUUGGCGGUGGCGGCAUGCACUGCAUCUCGCAGCAGCAGCCCCGAACCAGCUGGGAGCAGUAG